CAGAAGGCAAGCACAAGUUUCCUUUCUUUUCUCCCAUUGGUCGGCCUACCCGUUACGAGGCGGGCUUAGCGCCAAAUACAAACGGAGAUUGAGAUUCUAGUUGUGCACAGGGCGAAGUGGUUUGGACUUGGUAAAGGCAUUCAUGGCAACUCAUCAGCGAUUAAGCCGGGUUGACUUCCACCGCUCUGAUAAUGUCUCCGAGCAAGUACAAGUUUGUGUACGACUACGUCCAGCUGUGGGGACUGGACAAGGUCAGGAAGCUCCAUGUGUACGAGGUGUGGACUCCCACUCCUUGGAAAUUCUCAACUGGAGAAAUGAAUUGGAGACUAUGAAAUACAAGUUUGAUGCGUUUUAUGGUGAGGCAGCCACCCAACAUGAUGUCUACAUGGGGUCAGUUCAGCCUAUUUUACGUCAUCUGCUGAAGGGGCAGAAUGCUAGCAUAUUGGCUUAUGGACCAACUGGAGCAGGCAAGACACACACCAUGCUGGGAAGUCCAGAUCACCCAGGAGUGAUCCCUCGAGCUGUUCGAGAUGUCUUGCAGAUGACAAGGGAUGCUUCAGAAGAUAAAUGCAAAUACUCCAUCUCCAUGUCCUAUCUGGAAAUCUAUCAAGAAAAGGUCUUGGACCUUCUUCAGCCCUCCCUCCGAGACCUGCCUAUCCGAGAGGAUCGUAACCACAACAUCCUGGUGCCAGACCUGACCCAGAAAGAGAUCACUAACUUUGCAGACUUUGAAAGCCAUUUUCUGCCUGCGAGCAGAAAGCGAACAGUGGCAUCGACUCAGCUGAACCAGCGCUCCAGCCGCAGUCACACUGUAUUGCUCGUUCUGGUGAACCGGAUCCGGGACUGGCCCACAUAUUCUCACCAGACUGCGAAGCUGUGCCUCAUCGACUUAGCAGGCUCUGAGGACAAUCGGCGAACGGGCAACAAAGGCCUACGCCUAAAAGAGAGCGGAGCCAUCAACAGCUCCCUCUUUGUGCUCAGCAAGGUGGUUGAUGCCCUUAAUCAGGGUUUGCCGCGAGUUCCUUAUAGAGACAGCAAGCUGACCCGUCUGCUGCAGGACUCUCUGGGAGGCAGUGCCCACAGCUUGAUUAUUGCAAACAUCGCUCCGGAAAAGAAGUAUUAUUUUGACACUCUCACAAGCCUCAACUUUGCUGCAAAGUCCAAACAAGUUGUGAAUAAACCCUUCACCCAGAAAGCCCUACCACAAACUGAUGGCAAGAGGCCUUGCCUGGGCUUCAAUGAUGACGGCCCUGAGUCCAAGAGAAUUUGCCUACAAAAAGAACAGCCAGGACCAUCUGAAGAGAAGCCACUCAGUUGUUUGCUGCCUCUUGAGAAUCUUGACCCCACUUUGGCUGAACGACUGCUACGAUUAGAGGCCCUAGAGAAAGAAAAGGCUGGGAGCCAUGCAUUACCUCUCCUUAACACACCACGCAGGGAACGCCUGAAUGUUCUGAAACUCCUGGAUGAGACACGUCGUGAGCUGAAGAGAGUUCAAGAAAAGCAGAUAGAAAUGGAAGCCCAUACUCUGGAGAACAAAGGUGCGCUUUUCCCCCGAGCUGCAAAACCCCGAAAACAGGCCACAGUACUGCCCCUCCAACAAGUGCAGACACCUGUCAAGAGUCAGGAAGAAGAGGAGAGUAUUAUUAAGAAACAGAAGAAGACCAGAGGCCGAAAGAAAAAGAUUCAAGACUUCGACUCUGAAAACAAGGCUCCCUCUGAAUGGGAAGUGGAGAUCCAUCCAGAUCAGCUGGCUCAUAGCAAGGCUAAAAUCCUGUCCCUCAUGAACUCAGGUUCCGUGAAGGAUCUUAUGGGCCUACACCUCAUUGGCAAGAAGAAAGCAGAGCUCAUUGUGAGCUGGAGAGAAAAUUAUGGAUCUUUUCAGAAGGUACAGGAUCUUGAGAAAAUACAUGGUAUUACAGCUAAGCAAGCAGAUGCUUUUAUUAAGGCAAAUAUCUUCAAAUUUCAGAAAUCUUCAGUAACUGGAAUGGCACUGUGAAACAACAUACCCCAUCCCAGCCUUUUUUAUUAUUAAUACUUACCAUGUGUUCAUUUUUAUUUAACUAAUACAGGUAUUUAGCUAUAUUAGAUGUUUAAACCUCAGAACAAUAUUUUUAAUAAUUACAUUGCUCAUCUUUGGCCUUUCACUGUAAGCAAUCCAGCAUUCACAACCAUCAAGGCAUCAACAUUCUACAUAAAGAAGAUGGUAAUAUUUUCAGUGGAAAAAUAAGGGGAAAUGAUUAAAUUUUUAAAUUUUGGACAAUGCUGUCUCAGAUCAUUUCCUUUUUCAGUUUCCUUAGUCUUUGUCAAAAAUUCUGAACUUAAGCUAGUUAUUUGGAAUGUUAUUCCAAAGGUUUGUAUACGUUUUCCAUCCUACAUAAAAAUUUGGAUGUAGCCACCUACAAUGAUUAUUUUGUAUUUUAAAAAACAUUGGCUCAGUUAAUCAGCUUUUGUAGAUGAUAAAAGUUUGGAAUAUGUCCCCUCAUUGCUAAUGGUCAAGGAUAACCGUUGCUCCUGGAUUCCCUAGCUUUAUUCCAGAAUCAGAGUUGCUGUUCUGCUAUGGUUGUUGUGCUUUGGAUUCACAGAAAUCAGUACAAAUUGUUUUCAAAUAGUCUGACUGAUAAUUCCCAUGAAAAGAAAUGUCUAUCAAGAUUCUCAGUCAUCCAGGUCA